CGCGGAGCAGCCGCGGAGCAGCCGGGGGAGCAGCCGGGGGAGCAGCCGCGGAGCAGCCGGGGGAGCGCCGAGCGCGGCGGGAGGAGCCGCCGAUCACCGGCAGAACCGGGGCCCCCGGCAGCGGCCGCCCCGCCCCGGCCCCGGGGGUGCGCCGGGCCCGGCCCGGCCCGGCCCGGCCAUGCUCGGCCUGGAUGUGUGCGAGGCCGGCGGGCAGCUGCUGGAGCUGCUCUGGCUGGCGCUGUGCUACCGAGACAUCAUGGCUGACAAGGAGGGGGUGACGCUGUCGCUGGAGGAGGAGGAGGAGGAUGCCGACGUGGCCCUGGCGUACAAGACGCCGGAGAAGAAGAGCCUGCAGGAGAUCCAGGAGCUGGACCCGGGGGACGAGAGCCUGCGAAAGUACAAGCAGGCGCUGCUGGGUGCCAUCCCCGCCGCCGUGGAUGCCAGCGUGCCCAACGUGCAGGUGACGAAGCUCACCCUGAUGUGCGAGCAGGCACCGGGGCCCAUCACCAUGGACCUGACAGGAGACCUGGAGGUGCUGCGGGGCCGGGCCUUCGUGCUGAAGGAGGGGGUGGACUACAGGGUGAAGGUGUCCUUCAAGGUGAACAGGGAGAUCGUCUGCGGGCUGCGGUGCCUGCACCUCACCUACCGCCGGGGCCGGCCCGUGGACCGUGACGUCUUCAUGGUGGGCAGCUACGCGCCGCGGGCCGAGGAGUACGAGGUGGUGACGCCGGCGGAGGAGGCGCCGCGGGGCUGGCUGGCACGGGGCUCCUACCGCGUCCGCUCCCUCAUCACCGACGAUGACAAGAUCGAGCAUCUCUCCUGGGAGUGGGGCCUCUGCAUAAAGAAGGCCUGGGAGGACUGACCCCCCCCAUCCGCUCCCCGGUUUCCCCCCCUCCGCCAGCUCGGGGACGCGGUGCCCGCCAUCCUGGGGGACCCCUCGCUGGCACCGCAGCACUUGCCCUGGUCGUGUGAAGAGUUGGAGGUGGGGGGUGGUGGGUGGUGGGGGGGUGUCCCUUAGUGAGUGGGCGCCCGCGGUCGUGGUCUUCGCAACCAAAGUUAUUUUUAAUUGCUGUUUUUUUUUAAAAUACCGACGCCCGCCUGGUCCUCGCGGUGUCCCCAUCCCUGGGGCCCAGGGUCACGACCCUGCCGUGGCAGGGCCGUGCCCGGCUACCCGCCCGGUCGCAGGCUGUGCUCUUCCAUCACCAUUAAACCCUACAGACUGGUCUCUUA